UCGAGAGCGCGCAUUGUUAUAGUUGGCGUAUUCGAGUGGAUUAGACGUUGGCGUAAUGGCGUGAAAUGCGAUAAAUAGGAAUGUGGUGAAAUGAAAUGGAGCAAUUCGAAUCAAUACAGUUAAUUCGUAAGAAUGGCAAAAUCUAGGUGCAGAAUCCAAAGCGACGUAAGCCUAAAUGUUGUUUACAAAAAGAACAGACGAUUGCGGGUUAAAACUCUUAAAUCCCGAUGGAAGAGAAUCGGAAUGCGUCCCGAAUUAAAUCAACUCGAUAAGGAUAAAACAGAUGAAUAGAAAUUGGCGGACGAUUUGGGACGGGAGCGGAGUCGAGGAAGACUCUCGACGCAGGAGCGGUCCGGGAGAAUCGUCCAUUCGGAUUAAAGGGGUGCGAGUGAUUUUCCGGAAGACAAACCCGGAGAAGGCGACAAUCCGCCUUAGCUUUGUGUUUGCGGCGAAAUCCGAAGCGAUUACGUUUGCCGGAAUCGUCGGAACGGCGGCGGUGGGAGGCGGAAGACCGGAAGCCGUGACGAUCGAUCCGACGCGACGCGAGAGUUGUAGUUCCGGCGGCGGAAGACCCGUCGGCAGUCGAUCUCUGGCCGGACUCGAAACGGUAUUUUCUUCGGUCGCACCGCCGACGGAGGAUGGUUUGGAGAUGCCGAGCCCUUCUCCGACUGUCCCUCCUCCCUCUCCCGCACCCUCCACUCAGUCGCGCCUGCGGAAAUCGCACGGACAACGAUUCCACCGGCGAUUCCCCCAAGUGGACCCCGAAGAACCCCUCUUGGACUACUAUUCGUGCGCCCUUCUGGCCGACAUCCUGCUUCAGGGUCAGCUCUACGUCACCGAGAACCACUUCGCCUUCUACUCCAACAUCUUCGGACACAAGACUCAGAUCCUGAUUCCGGUGCGAGAAGUGGUGGAAGUGUCGAAAGAAUGCACGGCCAGGAUCAUUCCGAACGCCGUGGGAAUCAGCACCGAGGAGGAAAAGGUAAGGUCGAUUUUGGACCCGCCUCGAGGUCGUCCCACUCAUCGUCCGUUUUCGUGGCAGUACGUUUUCGGAUCUCUGUUGUCCAGGACGUCCACCUUCCAAUUGAUGAGAAGCAUCUGGCUCUCCUCCGCCGACGCCGAGUUGAGCGCCGUGGAAGACUCGGAAAGCGGAAACACGUCGUCUAUGCUUCCGAACGUGACGGAAGACGAAGACAGCGUGGCUUCGGAAAAUCAUCUUAGACGAAUGUCGACCGUCUCCGGAAUCGCCUGCCGCCGAAUCUCGGAAGUGUCGCUUCCCACGGUCCGUCCCAACACGGAUUCCGAAAUACGUCCGCUCCGCUGCCGCCGGUCGGGCUCCAGAGGUUACUUGGGCAAGGCGGAAGAAAUGGUUUCCGGCCUGUACAGGUUACCCGGGACCACCUUGCUGCUGCUGCUGACCACGGUGCUGUUGGCCCUCCUGUUACUCUCCGCCACCGUCCUCCUCUACCGGAUAGCCGCGGUCCACCGCCGAGUGGCCAUGAUGGAAGACAGACAACGACGACGCCUCAGGUAACUAACUCCCGCGCCGCCUAAUCCCACCAGACGAGAUUAAAUAUUUCAAUUUAUCGUAACGCCGUACCCCGUAUUUCCUAUACAAUUGUUUAUAAACUGCCGGAACUCGCGUUGCCAACCUUCAACGAAACUAUCUUUUCCUCCGUAUUACUGAAAUUUCCCACCACCACUUCGUGGUUAGAAUUUUUGAUUUAAAUGUUAUUUUUGUUACUAAAUAGAAAACGCUGAAAUUUUAAUAGUGGUAGUAAACACUGAUUACGGCGUUUUUAUGUCGAGGCAUGCUUUCAAUGCAACGGAGAAAAUUUUCACGGCAAAGUUCUCCUUAGCAAAUUCAUUUUCAGUUGCAUGGCGGUCUGGAAACGGGAACGUUUCAGUUCCAUUGUUGUUUUUUGUGGUGCAGCGUUCUUUCAAUUGCGAAACCAUUUACGCAAUCGAGCCACUAAUUUUCC